UUCCCGACAGGCACCGCGGCGGGAGCGCCGGGCCGCAGCCGCGCGCCGCUCUCCUCAGGCGCCGUCCCGUCCCGCCGGGCCCCCGCCCGCCGCCGCCGCCAUGCGCCACAGCCUCACCCAGCUGCUGGCGGCCUCCUCCGGCGGAGCCAGUGCCUCGGGCGCCGUCUGGCCGCUCGCCGGCGCGGGGCAGGCCCCGAGAGGGCGGGAUGGCGGCGGGGAAGGGGAUCCGGGCCCCGCGCGGCCCAAACAACAGCAGCCGCCGCGGCGGGAGGCGGGCGCCUUGGAGCCGCGGCGGCAGGAGAAGGAGCCGGAGGCGCCCGGUGGCCCGCUGGAGGUGUGGGAGCAAGAGGACUGGUUCCCGGGGCUGGAGCUGGGAGACCUGCUGGAGGCGGCCCGGCCGGACUGGGACCUGGACGCGGAGCUGAGCGGCUGCUUCUGUGGGGAACCGGAGCCGCUGCCCGCGCUGGGCCAGGGUCAGAGGCCGGCGGCGCCCGGGCGGAGGAACGGCGGGGCUGGGAGCCGGCUGAAGGCGGCGGCGGCGGCUCGGCUGAACCGGCUGAAGAAGAAGCAGUACGUGCUGGGGCUGGAGAGCCGCCUGCAGGGCCUGGCUGCUGAGAACCGGCAGCUGCGGGACCGCAACCGCGGCCUGAGCCGCCGCCUGCGAGAGCUGGAGCGGGAGAGCAGCUACCUUCGGGCCGUGCUGGCUAACCAGAGCGCUCUGGGGCAGCUCCUGAGCCGCUUAGCCGGGAUCCGCGCCGGCGGGCUGCAGCUCAGCACCAGCCUCUUCAGGGACACGGGCAGCCCCCGCCGCCAUCACCACCACCUCCAGCCUGCCGGCGAGAGCAGCGACCACGACUACGCCCUGCCCAGCUCCCGGCCUCCCAGCCGGGAGGAGGCGGCGGCGGUGACGGAGGCGGAGGAGGAGUGGGCGGCCCCCGGCGGGAUUUGCCUCCACGUGGACCGGGAUCAGGUGUCGGUGGAGUUCUGCUCCAUCUGUGCUCGGCGGGCAGCGGCCUCCUUCAAAAUGUAGGGUCAAGUACCUGCUGCAAGUACUCGUGGGGUUCUCACCCCUAGGGGCCUCGCGUCGUGGCGGAGGAAGCAGGCGAUGUUUCUCUUUUAGGUGCUUGCCCUGCCAGGCUCCGUUGUGUAGGGGUUAAAGAACAGUCGUUUUCCACCUCGCAACCUGGUAAGGAUCAAUAUAUUCCCAUAAUGCGGUAUCGAACAGCUUGCUUUGCUUAUGCCAGUCGUCUUGUAAUGACUGGUUCAGGAAAUGAUUUCUCUGGUCCUUGGCCUACUCUGCCAAAAUGUUGCUAGCUCUGGAUGGUAACUAAUAGUGAAAAUUACAAUCGCAUCGUUCUAAUUAGCUGUUUUCCUCCUUUUCCUGCUAUGCACAUAGUAGCCAAUACAUGAGCUACAUUUUUAAUUAAAAAAUAACUGUUUAUGCCGUUUGAAAAAGGAAUUUUCUAUUAAAGUAUCUGAUGAGCUGGAAAGGGAAAAUACGCUAGUAAGGGGGAUGUGACAUUUACAGCCUUUUAUCAUAGGGGACUGUCGCAGAAGUGUUAAGUCAUUUGCUUUUUAAAUGGAAAAAGAAAAAAGAAUUUGUGACCUGUUGGCUUAAAAUACUGUCAAGUGUUAGGGAUGCACGGUACCUUUUAAACAGUCCUUCUCUAGCUUGCUCUAAUUCAUGAUGCGGGGUUUUGCCUGACUAAACAGAACCUGAGCGCUGGUUAUAUCUGUACAGUGGAAUCCUAAUGUAGAGGAGUCACUUUUUUGCAUGGACCUCUAACGAGAAUUGCGGUUUGAAGAAUGCAGUGCAUCGAAGUAACUCGUUACUUUAGCUUCCCAUAAGUAAAUCUUUGUGCCCAUGCACACUGAAAUUCCUGUGUUACUUCAAAGUAGCUUUAAAUUUUAAGGAUAUUGCAUGUGUAUGCAUGUGCUUAAUUUUACUGUAGAGUUCUUAAUUUAGCCUCUUACAGUACCGAGAAAUCUAUAACUUUAUAUAAUUAAGCACAGUUUGGAGAUGAGCAAAUAUGUGUCUUGAGGCUAAUGAUUUGAAAAAUGCUCCAUAAUUGACUGAGAUAGGAGGAAAAAUAGUCUGACAAACAGUAGCGUGUGUUUUCUUGUACUAGUUAGUGUUUCUCCCUAUCGCAAAAGUUGAGUGGGUUGUUUUUUCAGUUGUAUUAUAAUGUUUAGGUUGUUUAUAUGUAUGUCAGUUGGGGGAAGAAGGAUUGUGAAAAUUAUAAUAUGUAAAGUGAGGUUUCACAAAGAAUAGACUUGGCUAAAACAGUUUUAUUUAUUAACUUUUCUAAAAAAAGAUUGUUUAGUGUUUCUGAAGUCUUGCUUACUAAAGCCUUAAAUUUCAUGUUUAAGGCUAAGUAGAAGGUGAAAGUGUUUGCUCCCAAUCAUUUGCUUUAUUGGUGCUAGACCCUAUCAAGUGUUCAUCAGUAUAAAAGGAGUUUGAUUUUUCUUUGUGAAACAUCACUGUAUGAUAAAGUAUAUGUGUAUUUAGCAUCCUUGUUUUUCUUUAUGCUAAAGUGGAUUCAGCUGUGUUGGGGCAGAAGAGACGGGACCAGCUGCUGGCCACAUUUCCUGCUUUAUUUUAAAAGGUAGUAUAAGAAAUGAGAAUAAAGAGGUAACAGGGCUUUUGCUGUCUUUGGUUUUUUUUAAAGAAAAAAGGUUGAAUGCUGGGAUCAUAUACUGUCAUCCAAGAUGUAUUUUUUUAAAAUACAAUAUCCUAUCAAACAGGUUUUACUCCACUGCGUGCAGAAUUCCAUCUGUUCAGGGUAUAUUGCCAGCACUAAAAGAGAAUUAGUGGGAUAUGUGUUACCUUACACCUCUGUGGUGGCAUCAACAGGACUGUUCAGUCUUAAAUUGUGUAACCCUGCUGUAACUGGUAGGUUAUACCAGUGCCACUGGAAUCAGAGUUAAUCAUCAAGACAUGUACUGACUGAUACGCAAAAUGGAAAUAAUUGAGUUAGAUUCAAUCUAGGCUCAAUCUGCCUAGCUCAGACUUCAUGAACAUGCUUUAUUUUGAAGUUUAAUGUGCUUGAUGAAAAGGAGAGACACUAAUGUAGCAAGUAUGGGAUGUUACAAUGGCAUUUUUACAGUUUUUCUGCAUAAAAGUGUUUUUUUAAGUUAACUUAAAUAUGCAUUCUUUCUUUUUGCAUUACUGCUAAACGGUAGGGGUCAGGGACAUAGUUCUGUAAUGAACCUGCACAUCGCUCUAGUCAUGAAACUACCUGUGAGCUGUGUCUGAGAGUAGCUAAUUUUCUGACAUGCAAAAUGAUGUAUACUGGUACAAGAACAAGGUCAAGUCCCAAGAAAGUAAGUGGCUGCAGGCAUUUCUAGUGCCUACUGAAUCAUAUUUAAACCAAAUAGAGGGGAGGAAGUUAUCUGAAACUCUAACCAACUGUACUAUCUGUAUGGUGUAUUAUUAAUGUAGCUUUUUGAAGUGGAAGCCUUGAAAUGACAUAACUUAAUACUUGAAAAUAUAUUGUAAAUGUUUCUUUGUAAUUAUGUGCCAUCCAGAUAAGAAUACGAUAUCAUAAUAAAAUCAGACUUGUUGAUCUUUCAA